UCGCCAGUUUAACACUAAGAAGCAAAGCAUUAAAACCUUUUGAUAGCAAGUGAUAAAAUAAACUUGAUAAGGAUUUCAGAAAAGGAUAAUUUUAUUAAGCUAAGUAAGCAAUGUUAUCAUGUUAUAGUACUGCUAAAAUACCAUAACAUUUAAACGUUGACUCACUAUGAUUUAGUCAUUCGGGCUAAAUAAUUAACAACAUAAUAACAAAAUGAAAUUUCAAGUUCUUUGUGAUAUAUUAUUAUUUUUUGCUUGUACAGUCGUAAUUAGUGGUGAUAAAAAAAUACAAAAUCCUCUUGAAGAACAAAUACUGACACUUUUUAAAAAAUGGCGAAAAGGAAGAUUGCAUACAGGAUUAUUUCAACUACCAUCUCUGAAGUCUAUUAACAUAGAAAAAAUCCAAGAAAGUUACUAUGAGGAAACAGGAAUUAAAAUAUUAUUUUCAAUCGGAGAGAUGAAGUUAACGGGACUUGAUAAUUUUUCUGUUGAUGCACUGGAUAUAAUACGAACACAGAAUGUUUUAAAUAUUUCUGCCAUAAUUCGAGUUCCAACACUGACCCUUCAUUCAGAUACUUAUACACUGGAUGGACGAGCGUACUAUGUAUAUUCAUUAAAAGGAAAGGGUGCAAUGAGGAUCAUAUCACGAAAUAAUGUGGUUUCAAUCAAUAUUGUUUUUAAUAAUGUUGAUGAUAUUCAAACAUCAGUAUCAGAUUUUUCACUUAACUACAGCAUUACCAUGGUUGAAGGUAAUUUAGAGAAUAGCUCUUGGCCUAUAAACAAUGUGCUCAAUAAUGAAGGUGUUAACAUAUUGAAGAGUUAUCACGAAUACAUUAAUGAGAAGGCGAGAGAAUACGUUGUGGCAAAUGCUAAUGAGUAUUUGUCUCGCGUCACAUUUAAAGACUUUUUAAAUACCAUCGCUAAUAUUGGUGUCAAUUCUUAUGUGGUAGAAUAAAUUUAG